UUCACAGUGCGUCGAUCCCCCGUUUCGCGAGCACCGGAACCUCUUCAUCACGACCUUCGGCGACGUCGACGUCGUCGUCCGCCGGUUUAGUGCUGCACGUUGACUCUGUGAAGAAGGGAUAAGAAGAAGCCGCCAAGAUGCUCAUCGGACUAGUCAGGGAGUCGGUGAUGCAGUGCUUCUGCCAUACGUGCCGGGCCCCGAUUCCUGCGGCCGUACAUAGAAGACAAUUGCCAAUUACAAAAGUAAAAACGAAACCAAGGACUAACCAGCCGAAGCGAGUUCAGUUCGUCACAACCGAAGUUCGUUGUCAGGAAAAGACCCGGGGCGGACUACGUUACGAGGUCAUUCUGAGCGAGCCGGAAGUCAAGGCCACCCCACCGAAAAAGGCAGCUUCCCCAAAGAACAGCAUGUCCGUUCAGGACAUCGAGGAUAAGCUAAAGGCGGCAGAGGAACGUAGACAGCAAUUAGAAUCUAAUAAAAUCGCGGCGCUGGCAGCGAAAAUGCAGAAGAUAGAGGAAGCAUCCCGGAAGAAGGACGAACAAACUAGUCAAUUUAUUUCAGCCACACGAGAAGCUUUAGAACACAAAAUGGAGAAUCACACAGAGAAGCGCGAAGCUUACAUAACGGAUUUGAAGACUAAGCUUAAGGAUCACAUCGAAAACGUAGAAAAAACCAGAUUAUCAAUCGAACAGCAGACCGACGAGGUGCGAUCGGCAAUCGAGGAGAAGCUGAAGACGGCAUCGGUCCAACGUGACGAGAAUAUCAAGAAGAUGCUGGAACGUCUCAAGGAGCACGAGGAUCAAGUGCAAAAGGUCCGCGGAAGCAAUGCUCUUAAAUUCCAGCAGUUAGAAGCGGCGAUUCAGGAAAAAUUAGAACAGGCACAGUCGAGGCGCUCGCAGAUAGAGCAGGAGCAGAAAGAGAAAUUGCGUAAUUAUAACUCACGCCCCCUGGAAAUUAAACAAAGCGCCGUUUCGACGUUAGAAGUUCGCAAAACAGAAGUUUCGACUCAGCUGGAAACUAAAUUAACUAUUGCGGAACAAAAAAGGGAGCAGGAAAUUCAGCGCAAACUUGAGAUCGCCAAAAAACAUAAUGAGCACUUAAUGGAAGUUAAACAAACAAUCGAAUCGACCGAAGAAAGCCGCAAGAGCGAGAACAUCACGAAAAUUGAGAGUAAGCUGACCACAGCCGAGCAAAAUCGAGAAAAGGAAAUCCAGCGUAAAUUGGAAAACAUCAAAAAGAACGAGAAGCGAGCCGAGACCGUGCGCCAGAACAAGGCGAAUCUUCUGGCUCAAGGCACUCCCUCAUCUGGUUAAAUAUUUAAAUAUCAGGAAUCGUAGUUCUAUUUUAUAUUCAUAAUCAUCCGCUUUUAUCAACCAGUCUUGGGUUUUUUGCCUCAAGAUCAAUAUCAUAUUACGAGAAGAUUAUCAAUAGUUAAGUUCUUCUCAAGUAUUGCUUUUAUUAGACUGAAAACUUUGUGAUUAUUUUAUUAUACUUCAUUUGUAUUUGUUUUUAAUGAUGUAUAUUGAAUUACUAAAUGCUCAUUGUUUAUGGAUGGAGAUCUGUUCGUUUUAUUUGAGUUUUCUGGUUUCCGCAAGUCCAGUAUAUUGUAACUGAUAUUAAGCGAAAUUUAAUGGUAAGGAUAAUUGUGUUUAAACUGACCAGCUAGCUUAGCCACCUGUGGACAAUUAUAAUAGAGCUUUAAGAUGUGUUUCGCGCACUUUUUCACAUGUAGCUAGAUAUUAAAAGAAUUGUAAAUGAAAGUCUUAUUUUUGUGUAAAAGAAUUUGGGUUCGUGUUUCCGAGUGACGAUAAUGCGUGGCGUAAUAUUUCUUAUAGAAAAGUCUCGAUGCUGACGCAUUUUAGUGCCAUUUCAUUAUUUAGGGUCCGCCACUCGGAAGCCCGAACCCACAUUAUAAAUCUAGGAGUAGGGAGUUAUUGAUUAUUUAAAAGGUACGCACGAACCUCUCGUGGGUACUUUUUAAGAUUUUCAAUAAGCGGAUGAGUAUUCGUUUAGUGUUUAUAUCACAACAACAACCGCCUAGUGCUGCCUUGUGUAUGAACGACCGGAGUGAUUGGAAAUCCAGAUUGUGCUUACUGCUGUAGUUAUUUUAGUUUAUUUUUGUUCAAGUAACGACACUGUGACUUCAAUGAAAAGCUACUUGGACAAAUUAAACGAAAAUGUCACUACUAGCUUCUGUGAUGAGUUGUUUUUUCAAAUAUAAAUUUAUAGCAAAGAAAAGAUAUUUAGCUAAAAUGUAAAACUGUAGCAUUUGUGUAGUGUUCAGCAGUCACCAAUUUAUAAUGUUUCAUACGCUUUCAACAUGUAUAAACGAAUAUUGUUUGUUCAAGUCAUUCAUAUAUCAGUUGUGGGGAAUACUUGUAUCCUGGUUAAAGCUACAUUUUAACGUGUUGGUUGUAACAUUUUUAACGUUGGUUUUUCAUUUUUAUGAUAAAUUUUGUUUUGUAAGUACUAAUGUUGCUUAAUAAAUAUUAUUAACAAUUAA